AUGGGUCCAAAGGACGGUCACGAGGGUAGUCUUUCGUGCUUGGGCAUCGAGCACGCAGAGGCAGCGUUUGCUGGAGGUGAUUGUUCUCACUGCGAGAACAUGUCCCUUGUGGAUUUGCAGAGAUGGUUGUCUUUUCUCUGGGAAAAAUGCAGCCCGCGUCCUGUGAGUGCUGAGCGUUGCCACGGUGCGGCUGUGAAGCUCUCAAAAGACGACCUCCGCAUCACUGUGCUAAAUCGGUCGGGGGAUUCGUCCUCCAGCUCUCAGCCUCCUCGUCCACAGCUGGUAGAGGUUCCAAUGGAGACUGCAGCGUCGUGUUCUACGAUGUCUGUAGAAUCUGUUGUGCCUUCUCCGGGUCCACAGCUACCGCAACAUCCGAGGGUUCACCAAGCGAAGGCCUUGAGGGAUCUGCACGAGGGAGGACACGACUCGCCUGUCCUCUCGGAGCUCCGGGCUGCCACUGACUUGGCUCUCCGCGCUACGAAGGUGACAGCGCAGGUGAUUGGUCGUGCCAUGUCCACGCUGGUGGUCCAGGAACGCCACUUAUGGUUAUGUCUGGCGGACAUGUCGGAUGCGGAGAAGAACAAGUUCUUGGACGCUCCAGUGUCCCAGACUGGCCUCUUCGACCCCUGCAACAACUACACUGUGCUGAACGAUUCAAGAAGAUCCACCAACUAUUAUUCUUCCUCCUCCAUGUGUGACACCUCUGUCAGUUGGGUCGGCUGGUAUCGACUUUACCUUAAUGGCCAGAGCACUCGAAUGCCAGAAUCAUGUGUUACAAUGAAUAGAUGUGGUACUGAUGUCCCACUGUGGCUAAGUGGUGGACACCCAAAACCUGAGGAUGGAGUGGUCAUCAGAGAUGUUUGUGGUCACUGGAACAGUUAUUGCUGCUAUUAUCAGUCAUAUCCCAUUAGGGUCAAAGCCUGCACAGGUGGUUAUUAUGUCUAUGAGUUUGUUAGACCAACAACAUGCUUUGUGGCAUACUGUGCAGAAAAUCUCUCUGCUGACCCCUGCAACAACUACACUGUGGUGGACGAUUCAAUAAGAGCCACCAACUAUUAUUCCUCCCCCUCUAUGUGUGACAGAGGUGUCAGUUGGGUCGGCUGGUAUCGGCUUUACCUUAAUGGCCAGGGUGUUCGAAUGCCAGAAACUUGUGUUAAAACAAGAUCAUGUGGAACUGAUAUACCACUGUGGCUAAGUGGAGGGCAUCCACAACCUGAGGAUGGAGUGGUCACCAGAUAUGUUUGUGGUUAUGCAAGCGGUUACUGCUGCUAUUAUCAGUCAUAUCCCAUUAGAGUCAAAGCCUGCACAGGCGGUUAUUAUGUCUAUGAGUUUGUUAGGCCAACUGUAUGCAAUAGUACAUACUGUGCAGAUGUUGACAGCAUAAACAAAACCUACAUAACUGUCACACCAGCGAUCACCACAUCUGCUGCCAAAGAUGUUGGCAAUGAGGAGAGCACUGGCAUCUAUCAGCAGCACAGCUUUACUCCUGCAUAUGUGGUCACUGAUAACUUGGAUGUGACCAUACUUUUAGACAUGGUCUUUAGCACUACAGAGAAGAUAAACUCAUCGUCCAGUGACCCAAAGAAACAAGCGUCAGAUGUGUUAAAAGUCAGUGAGAGACUUGUGUCAAUGUUGGUGAAACCAACAAACACCUAUGACAAUGUCAACUUCACUCGUGAUGCUGUAGAGGCACAAGUCUUCAUGGUUGGACCGAAUGUCACCUUAGAUAAAAUCCCUCAGCUCAGCACAACAAAUGCUUCAAUAGACAUUGAUCUCAUUGGGAUCGCCAAGAACAAUCUUCAUACAAUAUCAGCAGCUGUUGCUUUCAUGAGCUACAACACAAUGGAGGACCUACUGAAACCAAACUUCUUCAACACAUCAGAUAACACAGUUAAAACCAUGAUGUCCACUGUCAUCACUGCUACUCUUCCUAAAACCACAAACACAACCCUCACCAAACCAGUCAACUUCACCCUCAAACACAUCAGAGAGUUUGUAUCCGGAGGAAAUCUUUCCUAUGUGUACUGGAACAUCAGUGAGUGGAUUGUAGAUGGUUGCUCUCUGGUAAACACCAACAGCAGCUACACAUUGUGUUCAUGUCUUCAUCUGUCAACAUUUGCUCUUAUCAUGGAAACCAGCAGAAUCCCAAAAAAGGAUGAUCCUCUGAUGGAGUUGAUGAAUUUGGUGGUUGUGAUCGUGGGUUUGGUAUUUACUAGUUUGGCUCUGUUGACCUUUGCUUUCUGUCGAUGGAAACCUGGAGUGAACAAUGUAGCUCGAAUCAACCUCUGCAUCAGUCUGCUGUCUGCUCAUCUUCUGUUCUUACUCACACAACAAUUCAUCAAUCUCAUAAAACCUCACAGGGAGUUGUGUGCUGUGAUAUCAGGCGUUCUUCACUUCUUCUUUCUCUCCUGCUUUGUGUGGAUGUUCAUCGAAGCUGUGCUGCUCUUCAUCUGUGUGAAGAACCUAUUACAGAUCAGCUCCAAACAGAGGGCGGUGCUUAACAGUCGAUUCUUGAUUGUGAUUGGAUACGUUAUUGCUUUUGUUGUAGUGGGUGUGUCUGUUGGACUGGUUCCUGAAGGCUAUGGGAGUGAACAAUGCUGGAUUAAACGGGAGAAAGGCUUCAUCUGGAGUUUUCUGGGACCUGUUUGCUUCAUUCUUGCAAUAAACAUGAUUCUCUUUAUCAAUAUCAUCAUCAGUCUGAACUCAACUCUCAAAAAGCUCAACGCUGAAGUUUCACGGAUGAAACAAACCAAGAUUAUGGUUUUUAAAACUCUGGCCCAGUUUGUGAUUCUUGGUUGUCCCUGGAUUCUGGGUUUCUUCACUGACAAUCAGAUGAUGGAGAUUCUCUUCCUGAUCCUGAACUCACAGCAAGGAACCUUCAUAUUUCUGGUCUACUGUGUCCUCAGUGAUGAGGUUAGACAGCAGUAUGUGAAGUGGAUGAGAGCUCUCCUCCCUUCACUUAAAUCCAGAACCAUCAAAAGUGCCCCACAAAAAACACUGGAAACUAGACUGAAUGAAUGACUUUAUUCAUUUAAAGCUGCAAUAUUUAACGUUUGCCUCUCUAUCAUCAUCUCUGAUUAAAACAUAAAUUAGACUGAAGUUGUGAAACUGAUAUAAACACUGUCUUGAAGUUUAUCUACUUACUCAGUAACUAAUUUUAUAUAAUUUUAAUCAAAACGAUGUUGGAUGGCAUCUUUCAAUAAAACGUCACAUAUUUUCUUUUGAAUAAAAAUUUUAUGUAAGUGAUAUUUUACAGCUGUCAGUAGUUUUAUUCUAUUUUUUUCUGGGUGGAGGUGUUGUCAUGAACUUUUAUGUUUCUUUUUAAAUUGUCUCUAUUAUCCUACUUAAAUAUUUAGUGUGAGGUACAACACAGUUUUAGGAAA